UGCACACGGUAUUUUAUUUUUAUUUUAUAUUUUAUCUUUUCCCUGCAAAAGUCGAUGGUCAAUCGUGAGUACGUCGACAUACAUACAUAGCACUCUUACGUUAUCUGCUUCUCGCGCAGGACGGACACCGGAAUAUAUGGUAUAGGCUUGCGGAGGGAGGGGUCUUGGUGGUGCAGGGCUGCCCGAAGGCUCCUGACGCCGCUGAAUGGAGUCCGACUCUGUCCGAAAAGCAAUGGCUAUGGGUUUGACAUCGAAAAAAGCAUCUUCUCGGAGCGUCAGUGUGGAGCGAAAAAAUCUAAUCACCGUAUGCAGAUUCUCUGUGAAGACUCUCCUGGAGAAGUACACAGCCGAGCCCAUCGAUGACUCAUCCGAGGAGUUCGUCAACUUUGCUGCCAUCUUGGAACACAUCCUCAGCCAGCGCUUUAAAGGUCCAGGAAGCUGGUUCAGCUCAGAUGGCCAGCGCAGCUUCUGGGACUACAUCCGACUGGCCUGCAGUAAGGUGCAGAACAACUGCAUUGCCAGCAUUGAAAACAUUGAGAAUAUCAGCACUUCACGCGCCAAGGGUCGGGCGUGGAUUCGUGUGGCGCUGAUGGAGAAGCGUCUGUCUGAGUAUGUGGCCACUGCGCUGAAAGACACAAGGACAACCAGGAGGUUCUAUGAUGACGGGGCCAUAAUGCUGCGAGAGGAAGCCACUGUCCUGACAGGGAUGCUCAUCGGUCUCAGCGCCAUAGACUUCAGUUUCUGCUUGAAGGGGGAGGCGCUGGACGGGAAGUCCCCUGCAGUGAUUGAUUACACGCCUUACCUGAAGUUCAGCCAGAGCUACGACUACCUGAGCGACGAGGACGACCGGCGAAGUGUGGACAGCAGUGCCAGUGACGAGAGUGUCCCAGAGCACCCCUACAUCCCCCUGGUCACCGACGAAGAAAGCUGGAGGAACAAGUGUCGCAAGAUGGAGCAGAGGUUCAAAAUCGUAUAUGCCCAGAAGGGCUACCUGGAGGAACUAGUGCGUCUACGUGAGUCCCAGUUGAAGAAUGUGGAGAUGGAGAACAAGAAGCUGAGCACCAGGCUGGAGGAGCUCAGUGUCCAGAGCACGCAGGAGAAGAAGGAGCUGGAGGCCAUAGUACUGGAGCUGCAAGCACAACUCACUGCCCUCAUCCCCAGUGAUUCCUCCCACCUUGCUAAGGAUCCAUCCAUCCCUCUGGUCAACCAGUGGCCCUCCAUAAGGGGCUACAACAACCAGAGGGAUGACAAGCUCUUCCGCAGGAGAAGCUUCCACAGUUUAGAGCAGCUGUCUGCUGAAGGCAGUAUAAACUCUGACUCACAGAAGACCGACAACAAACAGAACAGGGAUACAGGAAAAGACAACACCCCUUCCAUGAUGGGUCUCUGUGGCUCUCUGGCCUCCCUCCCCAGCUGCAAGUCCAUGUCCAGCCUCAAGUCCAGCGAGUGUUUGGUCAACAUCAGCAUGGAGCCCAGCCCUGCACUCUCUCCCAGCUAGAGGACGCCACCUCCACGCUGUCUGCCAAGACGACAACCAACAGACUCCACCCGCUGGCUCAUCCUGGAGGCCCUGCAUAGGCCAACAUCUAGCUACCUGCUGUCAACACUAUGGAAACCGUCACCAAACCAGAACCUUCCCCGACCAAACCUUUUCCAACCAACUGCUCUUCGCCAAAAAAAUACAGGAGAAAAGCUGUUGAAUGUUUCUGGAUUUCUGUGUGGAUGAAAUAAAAGAUGGAACUAGAAGGAUCUUAUUUCUGUACUCCUCCUGAGGCACAGACCCUUUCAUCUUAUCACGCUCUCCAUCCUGCUCUUUCACUAGUUUGUGUGAAUUCCUAGGUCAAAAUGUUGGCCUUUAAAUUCAAUGCCUUUUAGACACAAAUUAAUUGUCUUGUCAAAGCUGCAAAACUAUCUAAAAGAAUAUAUGUAUUUACUUAUUUCCAUUUUCAUCUCCUCAUUUUACUCUUUAUCUGCACCCGAGGAAUUGGCUCAUUACAUGUCAGUACUGUACUGUAUUCUGACAUUAGCAGUAAAACGUGUGCUUGUCUAAGGUCUGUGUGAGAGGAUGGAGAGUGUUGCUACCUAGUGGCUAGAUAAAGUAUGUGGUUGAAGCAUGUGAGAAUGAUAUUGGCAUUGUCCCUCCAUCAUGCUGGGUUUUGGAUGAAUUGCCAGACCUGCUUGAGUCAUCAGCCAUUAUUGUUUCAUUAUGUUUUCAUGUGUGCUGCAAUUGAUUAAAAUGAUGUUGUGUUUUUGGCAUGUUAGGCAUCAUGUUCCACUCACUUUUAGUGUUGCAGUGUCACCGUUUUUUUUUCAGUAAAAAAAUACAGCAGCAACAACAACGUCAGAUGGCUGUUGUGGCCACAUGGGCACACUGCAGAAAGUUUCAGGGCGAGUCCAGCAACUAUCGCUAGAACAGAUCAUGCAACUCAGCUGAUGACGCAGAAUGGAACUUUGAAAAACUGUCUGCUGCUACAAGACUGAAAGUGAAAAAUGUCUAACGUCCAAAAAUAAACAUACGACUGUUCUUUCAAGACUACAUGUUGUCACUUAGCUUGCAGUAUUUUUUAAUUAAUUUUAUACGUCAAGGUUUUCAUUCUUUUUAAAUGUACAUGAUUGACUUCAAUUACUUCUGCUGUGUUAAAAUAAACUGCCUUCGUUUAGUUAUGUCAA